AUGGCCUCUGAAAAGUCCCUGACGAGGGCGCGAGUUGUGUCCAGCAUCGCUGCUACAGCCAUAUCCAUUGCUUGCGGGACAAACUAUGCCUAUUCGGCGUGGGGUCCCCAGUUUGCGGAGAAACUCAAGCUCUCCUCGACAGAAAGCAACAUGAUCGGCACUUCCGCCAAUAUGGGAAUGUACGCUAUGGGCAUACCAGUUGGAAUAUGUGUCGACAAUAAGGGACCUCGACUUGCUGUUCUAGCCGGCGCUCUGUUGCUGGGAGUGGGCUACUUCCCUCUUCGACAAGCAUAUGUGAGCGGGGAGGGGUCGCUGGCUGCGCUGUGUUUCUAUGCAGUAUGUACGGGAUUCGGAAGCUGCAGUGCAUUUGCAGCUGCCGUGAAAGUCUCCGCGCUCAACUGGCCUCACCACCGUGGGACGGCUACGGCAUUCCCCCUGGCUGCAUUCGGCCUCAGCGCCUUCUUCUUCUCUGCCUUUGCCCAGCUUGCCUUCGAAGGUAAUACAGGCAACUUCCUGCUCCUCCUUGCUGCUGGAACGUCAGGUAUAAUCUUUGUCUCGUUCUUCUUCAUGCAUAUCUACCCACAUUCGGCAUAUUCUUCGAUUCCCACGAGCGAUACCCCUUCAAGCACGGAUUCCAAUCCCUUGAUCCCCACUCGAUCCCAAGAGACGAAACACGCGAACCGAGGUGCGUCUAUGGAACCUGAGUCCGGUGCCGCCGCACCGGUCACCGUCCCGAUCAAGAUCAGCGAGACGUCCUCGUUGCUAUCAUCGAAUGCCUCGAUUCGUGACGACUUAGAAGGAGAUAUCCGUGGCCUACGCCUAUUCAUGAACACCAAAUUCUGGUUCCUCUUCGCGCUCAUGGGCCUCCUCUCCGGCAUCGGCUUGAUGACCAUUAACAAUAUCGGCAACGACGCAACCGCGCUGUGGCGCCACUAUGACCCCGACACCGACCCUACCUACAUCACCAAGCGCCGGGCAAUGCAUGUCUCCAUCCUCUCCAUAUGCAGCUUUUUCGGCCGCCUCCUCAGCGGCGUUGGGUCCGACGUCCUUGUCCGACGCCUUCAGGCAAGCCGCACGUGGUGCCUCACCAUAGCCUCAGCCAUCUUCACGAUCGCACAGCUCCUCGCCAUAACCAUCAGAGACCCACACUAUAUAUUCCUCGUCUCUUCUCUCUGCGGUCUGGCGUAUGGGUUCCUCUUCGGCGUCUUCCCCUCGAUCGUCGCGGAGGUGUUUGGCAUCCACGGCUUAUCUACGAAUUGGGGCUUCAUGACCCUCGCACCCGUUCUGUCCGGGAACAUCUUCAAUCUAUUCUACGGCGUCAUAUUCGACGCCCAUAGUGUCAUCGGUAAAGAUGGCGACCGUGUGUGCGACCUGGGCCUCGAGUGUUACCGCAACGCUUACGUGGUUACGCUGUUUUCAGGAUUGGCAGCACUGGUGGUUAGUCUGGUGAGUAUCCAGUAUGAUCACGCUUGCCAGCGGGCGGCGGCGAAGGCAAACGAUUUGAAUCGCGUGGCGUAG